GACCAAUGGGGCAUUGGGCGCUCGCAAAUUUCACAAGUGAGACUCCACAUUUUCUCUCUCUCCCUCUUUCUUAUAUGUCGCUCGGUACAUACAGUGAAUGCAAAUAAAAAAAAAAAAAAAAAAAACAAAAAAAAAAUAUAUAGAAGACGAAGAAACGAGUUUGCAUCGCAUCGCGGCGUCGUCCCGAAGAAGCCCGGACAACGUCGAGAGUCAGCCGUGCUUUGGCCAGAAGAGCCGAAGGAAGGAAAGGAGAGAGAGUGCGUGAGAGUGCCCCCUUGGAUCAAGCAGUCUGCGAAAAAAUUUUUUCUUUUUUGACAUUCAAGGAAAAAUCAAGAGCUGCCAACCCCGUUCGAAAAGGAAAAAUUUUUCAACAAUAAAGGAAAAGAAAAAAGAAAAAAAAAAAGAAACACCUGUGACAAGAAAAAGGAAAAUCAACAAAUUAAAUCAAAAAAAAGUGGAUUUUUUUUGUCAAGAAAAACAGUUGAUAUCGUUUUUCUGUUACUGCCAACUUCACUCGUGACAGUUUUCAUUUUGAGUUGAGCAUUUUUUUUUUCGUCGGUGAUAAAAAAAAAAUUAGUAUUUCCGGUCACGCGUUCUCGUGGUGCGAGUGCGAUAAGAGAAUAAUUAAAAAAAAAAAAAAAACGGUGAUUUUGGAAACGGGUAAUUUUUUUUUUUUUUUUGCCUUUUUGAUAUAAAAUCAAGCACCAUUGCCGCGUUAAAAAUUGAGCAGGGCAUGAUGUCAAAGCUUUACGUGGGCAAUUUGCCAGCGGAUUGCAAUGAAGCAGCCCUGAGACAACUUUUUCAAGAACACAGCCUCUCGUGUACCACAAUUCUUGUCAAACGUGGAGGUUAUGCAUUUGUUGAUUGCGUUGAUCAAUCCACGGCCGAUCGGGCCAUCGACAAAUUGAAUGGAUACACCUACCUCGGAUCCGCACUUGUGGUCGAACCUUCAGUGGCCAGUGGAGUGAAAAAGCGGGGUAGCGGCGACGCCCUACCAGUAUCUCCGGUCGACCAGAUCGGCAAUGGAUGGAGGUGAGAAUAUAUUACAUCCAUAAUUUUUUUUUA